UAGUUAUUAUAUGAUAUUUGUUUAUAUGUGACACUUCAAUAAGAUAGUUUUGAAUUAAAAAUAAGUCAUAGGUGUUUAUGAAAACAUUAUUUAUUAUUAUUGAAAUUUGUAAAUAUUUCAAUAAUGAAUACCAUUUAUAGAAAUUUGUCAAUACGUUUACGACAUUUAAUAGUGUUUACGCCAAAUUUAAUGUUCCGAGGAGGCUCAAUUAGGAAAAUGACUAUGGAAAUCGAUAAAGAAGAAUUAAAAAAACGUUUGACGCCGCUACAAUGGCACGUCACGCAGGAAAAGGGUACAGAGAGACCUUUUUCCGGUUGCUACAACAAAUUCUAUGAAAAAGGCACAUACACCUGUAUAAUUUGUGAUCAAGAGUUGUUUUCUUCUGACACAAAGUACGACAGUGGUUGUGGUUGGCCUGCAUUCAAUGAAGUAUUAGAUCAGGGACGAGUCAAGCUAACCAAAGAUACUUCACAUGUUGGUGGAAAUCUACUACUGCUGAUCGCAAACCCAGAUAUGGUGCGGACCGAGGUGACCUGUUCAAAGUGUGGUGCACAUUUGGGACAUGUAUUUAAUGACGGACCAAAACCUACAAGGAAGCGAUUUUGCAUCAAUUCAGCAUCUAUAAACUUCCAUCCAGCAGGAGAAGAGAAGAAGAUUACAUCAUAAAACUAGUAAAACACAAAUUUUUCUCAAAAUUUUUGAAAAUGCUUAAAAAAUUUUAUCCAUUUUUUAUUUUUUAUUCUGUAAGAAGAAACAAAAAUUAUAUUUUUUAUUUAAUAUUUUAAAUUAUAUUAUGAAUACCAGCAUAUACUUUUAUGUUAAAUCUUAAUACAUAUAUUCUAUAUUUUAUUUAUGCAUCAUAGAUUCUGAAUUUAAUUCCAUUUGUUAGAUUAUUAUGCAAAAUGUAUAUUUAUAAUGAUAAAGUUAAGUAAAUAUUUAUA